AUGGUUUUCAAGAAAAAGGAAAGGGAAUCUUGUAUGCAAAUUAAAAAGAACAUUUAUGGACUUAAGCAAACUGCCAGAGCUUGGAAUGAGAAAUUAACUAUGCUACAAAGUCAAAACUUUCAACAAGGAAAGGCAGAGCCCUGCCUAUUUACAAGACUGAAAGAUGGACAUUAUCAAAAUGUGCUGACAUAUGUGGAUGAUCUGAUAUCGUGUUGUCAAAGCAAAGAGGAUGCUCAAGAAAUUGCUGAUAACCUGAACAAAGAGGUAGAAGUGAAACAGCUGGGAGAUGUCAAUCACUACCCUGGAAUACAAACUGAGAGGAUUGAGAAUGGAAGUUUCCUCUGGAACCAAAGACACAAAAUUAUGGACCUUGCUGAGUCUCUAGGUAUGAAAGAUGCUAAAAAAGUGAGUACUCCACUUGAACCAGCUUAUCUCAACCUUAAAGAUGGACGAGAGCAAUCAGCAAUACAGAGAGACAAUUGGCAAACUUCUCUGAGUACAGUGUCUAGACCUGAUAUUUUUGUAUCUGUUGGGAUUUUAUGCAGAAAGACUGAUUCACCAAGCCACUAUGACUGGAAUAGUGUAAAGAGUCUGGAUAGAUACAUCAUAAAAACAGCUGACCUGGAACUAAAGAUCUCAGCUUGUGACAACCUAAGGCUGGUUGAAUACAUGAACUCAGACUGGGGUGAAAACAAAACUGACUACAAAUCAAUCAGUGGCCACCUGUUCUUCUGUGGAGAGAGCCUGAUCAGCUGGACUAGCCAAAAAUAA